CUCCUCAGUCGCAGCUCGACGUUCGCCGUGUAACGAUCGAGCGACCGAUUUUUGGCGAGGUGUUUUUCGCCGCCCGCAUACACGUACGUACGUACAUACAUACACCCACACACGGACGGACAGACACACACGCACACGCACGCAAGUUUCGAGUAUACGGUAGAAUACACACGGACAGAACGAGGCAUUAUCAGUGAUAAAGUAAAAAAAAAAAAAAUAACGUGCGUACAGUAUAGUAGAGUGUUUAACGACGACGACAGUGUAUCGAGAAGUUACAAUCUCGUGGCCGGGUAAGAGUAGAGGAAAACUGUUUGGAAAAUAAUCAAAGAUACUUACCGGUAUCGGCUCGAGGAGAGGAGAAACGGAAGCAAGCGACCGAACAGUGGAGAACUCUAGUCGUUUUGCCCAAAUGUGUGCGCGAUCUCUUCUUCGAUUCGCAGUUUUCCGAAUCCGUUUAUUCGUUGUCGUUUAUCCCUUCUACCAGUUUGCCGAAUAAUUAUUCUCCUACGCAACGCGAUUCAUCGUUCCGAAGUGCAUGGAGAACUUUCACGCGUAACGAAUACGUGAAGUACAGCUGGCGUUCUGUUCCUUGAAUAAAAGGAAAAAAAGGAGAAAAGAAAUUAUUGUGUAUCGUUUUGCCUUGAAUUCGCCUCACAACGAGGUCUUCGUUAAAAUACUUAUAUACGGGCGUCUCGGUCUCUCUGGGUCAAGGAGCAAUGAUCCCGGAAUGACGAAUUAUAAAACCGUGCGAAUUUGGUGAUGUAAUAUAAUAAUUAUAAUUAUAUUUUUGUGCAACGUGCAGAAAAUCGUCGUUUUAUCUGCGAGUGGAGUGUGUUACUUUCGUUUCUGUUGCCCCCUGUAUUGCUGCUGCCCCCCCCCCCCCCCCGCCGUUUUAUUUUUAUUUAUUUGUUCAAACGUACGGCCUGGCAUAUGGAAAAUAGUGUGAAGUGAUACGAGAAGCAACAAGGAUAUUACGUCAAAAGUAAACCCCGUGCAAUGCGUCUGGAUUAAUUGACGGGUGGGCGGCACAUUCGCAUCAUCAUCUUCGUCAUCAUCACCGUCACCAUAAUCAUCAUCGUCAUCACCAUCAUCACCAUCGUCGUGAUCGACGGCAAGCGACAGUGGCUGUUACAAAAUCUAGAUAAUACAAUCGGUUAAUCGGUGGGAUAUUUAUUGUGGAUACCGGAAAGCGACGUGCGUCUCCUCCGUGUUGGAUAUAUACCACCUCUUGGUCCAACACUACGGGAGCGACAGAGUUAUUAUACCGCGGUCAAAAGUCCGAGAGUGUGAGAAUAUAACCAAGCAGCGGGCCUCGCCUCGUCAGUCCUGGAUUCGAGGCUCGGUUUCGGCGAUCACUCAUCCUCGGCGAGCCACCGAAUAGCGAUCGCUGAUGUGCCAAGAACGGGCCCGAGGUAUGACAGGCUGAGCGUCGUCGAGGUUGACGACGAGGAGGACGAGGAAGACGAGAAGGCGGGGUGUCAUGAAUUUGGAGAGAAGGAUCGCGUACCAGGAGCAGCAUCAGUGUCAGUGAGUGUCUGCGAAAGCGGCGAGGUGACAGCCUCGAGGAACAAGCGGAAUAAUAACGAUCCGUCGGUGCGCGAUAAGCUCGAAACCCAACCCCAACGAGAGAAGGGAGGAGGAGUGCAGCCGAGCGAAGAGGUCUCGGAAUCAUGGCCGCCGCCUGCUACGAGAAGGAAGUGGUGAUCGGGGUCGGGCACGGGCACGGACACCACGGGGUCAUACCGGCGACCCCGGCUCCCGGGCAGACGGUUCUGCCCCCGGCCUCGUCGGCCCUCGCUAUAAGCGCCGCGGGUCCGGGGGGCUACAAGGAUUACUGCAAGGAGCAGGUAACCGCCUACAAGGACUACUCCCAGCCACUCCACGUGGACUGCAGCGUCGAGUACGAGCUGCCGAGCCAGGCGAAGCCGCCCCCCGGCGGGGGCGAACCCCUGCUAAUGAUACACCCCUGCUACUAUCGGCGGGCCGAGCGUGAGCGGCGAAGCCCCUUUGUCAACAACCUCCCGCCACCCGCGACAGCCACGGUCGCGACCUCGAGUCGAAGCAGGAGCCGCCGAUCGACGACUUCCGCGACUUCCUCAUCGACGUCGUCGUCGUCGUCGUCGUCGUCCUCAGCAUCGGCAUCGGCGGCGGCGGCGGCGGCGGCGGCGGCGGCAGCGGCGGCGGCGGCAACAUCGGCCGCUUCCAGCAUCGCUGCGGCGGCAGCCGUCGCCGCGACCCAGAGUUCCUCCUACCACGCGGCUCUGACGGCCGCCGCGUCUCUUGGUCAGCAAGCCUCGCUGUCCCAGCAGCAGUUGGCUGCCCUUUCCCAGCAGCAGCAACAACAACAACAGCAACAACAACAACAACAACAACAACAACAACAACAACAACAACAACAACAACAGCAGCAGCAGCAACAGCAGCAGCAGAUGACGUCUGUCCCUACUGCGACGAGCCUGAUCUCGGCCGACGAGAAGGCCGUUAUAUCAGAACUCCUCGCGGUGCCGGGCAGCGCGGUCUCGCUCCUGGAGAUGAAAGCUCGGCAGCAGCAGCAUCAUCAGCAGCACCAGUCGGGGGUCCUGGGUCAUCACCGACAGCCCGCGGUGGGAAUAGCGGCUGUAUCCUGCAGAGGCUGUCGUCCCCAGCCCCAUCCAUACGCGCGGCUGCAGCCCUGGGCAGUUGCGGCCCAGCCGACCCCGCAACAGGCGCCCGCAGCGCCGACCCGGACGCGAGCUCGGGAGCCCGCGGGUCCACCGGAGCACGCAAACGGGGCGAAUACCAACGGGACGACGUCGAGGCGGUGGAGCGGGAGCGCGGCGAGCAAACGGAGACAAUCCGGGCAGCAGCAUCCCCUCGUCGCGGCCUCGUCCUCCGCGCAAAACCCCGUCCUUCAUUCUCUCGCCGCAGCCGCUGCCGCCGCCGCCGCGGCCUCUUCCUCCUCCGCCUCCUCCACCUCUUCUUCCUCCGGAACAUCGUUGCAACAAAACUCAUUACCCACUGCAGGAAAUUCCGCGGUAGGAAUACUCCAGAAUCAUCAAAUCGGCAAUUCGUACACGGCGUAUGAUUCUUCGUCGACUAAUCGCUCGAAUCAAAAGAACCAGCACUCACACGGACGACAGCAGCAGCAGCAGCAACCAACUGCGGCAUCUGCACAGAUGGGAUAUACAUCCGGUGGUAUAUCUGGCCUACAGAAAACUCAUCAUCAAGGAAUAACGCUCUGCGCCGCAACGCCCCGCUGUCACCAGAGUACCCUGAGUCAUUCAACGGUAUCUCAAAAACAGACUCAACAUCAUCAGCACCAUCAUCAUCAUCAUCAUCAUCAUCAUCAACAACAACAACAACAACAACAACAACAACAACAACAACAACAA